UAUUUAAAUUAUUAAUCGAAUUUACAAAUUGACAGUCCCGUUAUUUUCAAACAAUUCAAUUUUCCAUAGUUACCGGAGCAAACUAUGAAAAAUAAGUACAAUUUCUAUGACUGUAAUUUCAAGUAAAAUUUCUACAGAUGCCAAAGUUGUUCAUUUUCAGGAUUUUCAGCAAGAGGAAGUAAAACGUUGUACGCGGCUCGCUUGCAACUAGCCUUUACUGGGGCUCACCGGAUUACAGGGCUCGCUCCUACGUCGCUCGCCCUGCAAACAUUCCGGCUAGCCCGUAAAGGCUAAUUUACUAAGCUUGCCACGUAAAUAACUAUAAGAAGAUCACCCCGCCGUAAACUACGUGUACAUAUUAUUACUUGAUCUCUUGCUUGCUUUGUUUUAUUUUAAUUUAUUGCUAGUUGCUUUAAUAAAUCUAAAUCUACGUACGAAACAUAUUUAUACAUUAUAAGCUAUGAACCGUGGAGAAAACAUUAAAUUAGCCAUUUAUCAGAUUUUGCUUUUUUUCAUAACUUGGAAAGUCUUGCUCUUGAUAACACCAACUUAUCAGAUAUGCUAACCCCACCUGUAGAAAAUAGUAUAUAAGGAACAACAUUAAAAAGUUGGUGAUAAUUGUAAUACGGAUGAUUUAAAAGUUUACCGUAAUAAAGGAAUACUUUAAUUGUAAACAUAUUUUAUAAAAGUUUUUUGUGAUUAUAAAUUUCAAAAAUAAGUGAACUUCCUGACGGCAAACACAUUCAACGUCAUCAUGGACUUGAGUUCUGAAGAAGAAGAAAUUAUAAAAUUAGAAAAAGAAAUUAUAAAAUUAAAAAAAGAAAUUAUAAAAUUAGAAGAAAAUUUAAAACGGAAAAAAGAACAAAGAACACGAAGAAAACAUUUAGAAGAGAUGAAGACUUCGCACUUUGAAGAGAAUGUACGUUCCUCAAAAAAGCUGACAGAUCCAAUACAAACAGGAGAUACUUCAAGCAAACAAGCUUUAGCAAUUGGGAAUAAUCACCAAAUUAAAAAAAGUACCAAAGAAAAUACACAUAAGAAGAGGCAGAUUCCUAAAGAAAAGGAUGGAAAUGCAAAUGAAACUUUUUCGAAAGAGAUUUUCGAAAAACGAGCAGGAACUACCGAUAAGGGCAAAAAGUACGAAGAUUUGGUUACCGCUAACGUCGCACUACAAAUGGUAAGCGACAGUAAAAUAAGAGAUUUCCGCAUUUCUUCGAACGACAAAAAUUUUGGUGCUUUUGAUGACGUGGUUAUCGAAAUUCAGACAGAUAUGGAAACAAAAACAAAAGCACUGCAAUUAAAACAUAGUAACGAAAAAAAACAAUUGUACAUAAAGCAGUUGGCAAGUGAAACGGGAAACUUCAGUUUAAUAAAAUAUUUCAAAUCUUCUCAAGAUGUACAGGGCGAAGUGCAAGAAUUUAUAUUAUUCACCACAAAUAGUUUUACAACUUCAGAUGAAACAAAAUUUAAGCUCGAAGGAGAAGAGUUUUACAUCAAGGCGAUUAAAAAAACAGUUUCAGAAGACGACAUCGGAAUAUUAAGAAUUUCAAAAGAUAUAGAUUAUUAUUAUAAAUUUCAAAUUCUAGAAGACGAACAGACUAAACAAUAUCCUGAAAAAAUUCAGGACUAUCGAACAUUCUUCGAAAGCUUUCGUCUUUAUACAAACCAAGAACAUUUUGAAGCUCUUACAAAAUCAACAAUGAAUAAAUUUACUGAGAUGUUUUGCUCUAACGAAGAAACAUUCAAGAAAUACGUCGACGUCAUAUCGGAAUGGAGUUUGAAAGACGGGAAAAAAGAAAAACUAAACAAAAGGAUGAUGAACCGUGCAAUCGCCCUUCGUUUGCUCUCUUCUCAGAUCGAACCAUUUAUUUUUGGUUCAGUCACAGACGAAAUGAAAAUUCUUCUUCGAGAGGCUGUUUGUCUGUUUGACAUUACGUUGUUGGAAAAAGAAGACAGCAACGCAAUUAAAAAUCUGUGGAGCGACUUGGACAAAAAUGUUGACCUGAAGGAACUCAACAAAGUUCGAUCACUUUAUUUUCUUUCUUGUGAUUAUAUAAGUAGUGUCGAAAAUCUGGAUGCAAAUUUGUUGACACAGUUGCUAUGGCUGAUGGAGAAAAGUCCGCUUAUUGUAAAGGAACACGAAAAUAUGGAAAAAGCUAUUAAACUCUGUUCAGAUGCAAAAUUUGUCAUACUAGGUGAGGGAAAAUGUGAAGAAUGGAUGAAAGAACGAUCUGUGUUUCAAAACAUGUCCAACUUGAAAUCAAAAGGCGAAUUGUAUGAAAAAGUACUGCAAAAUUUCACCAUUUCUUUACAAGGAAAAGAAGCAAUUAAGUUAGUGACCGCUUUCGAAAAAAAUGAAGAAAUUUUCAAACAUGUUACUGUGCAAAAACUUUUAGAGAUGGCAAAUGGUCUAUGCCAUAUAGAUGGACAAAAGGAAGUUUUUCCCAAUCUUUAUAUCGACAGAUAUUUGUCAGUCAAUAUUAUAGACAUUAAAUAUUUAGAACAUGUUAAUCCAAACACCGUUAUCAUUUUAAAUUGCGAAGGUAAUUCUCAGCAAUUGAAAAUAUAUAAAAACCAUACUCUAACAGACAUCGAGAAUUUUUUAAAUAAUACAGACUCCAAAAUUUUUGAUAAUCCAAUUUUUAUAAGGAGUGAAAAAAAUUGCAGUUAUACUGAUUUUCAGAAAAUAUGUUCUAAAGGAGCAGCAUCCCACACUGUACACUAUUUUAAAUUUCUCGAAGAUCAAAAUUUAGAAUGGAUUCGAAGCAAAGGCUCUGUUAAUGAACUGCAAAAUUAUAGAUUACUUAGUCUUUACAAAAACGAAAACGAAAUUUGGUCUUCCGAAUUCAGCAAAAACAUAAAUCUAAUAACAGGUGACCCAGGAAUGGGCAAAACCGAGUUAAUGAAGAGUCUAAAAAAGAACUGUUGUGCGAGAUAUUGGACCGUGAUUCUGAGUGCUCAAGAUGUUAUGUCUUUCUUGAAAAAUUCAGGAAAGUCUGAAAUAUCAGGAGAUUUAAAACCAUUUGAAAUAUUCAUUUUAAACAAAAAAUACCGACACCUAGCUGGGCUGGAUCGAGAAUAUUUGACACUGUGUUUAAAGCAACGCAAUGUGGUUUACGUAUGGGACGCUCUUGAUGAAAUAUUUACUCAUUAUUUAACUGGUACUUUAGAUCUUAUUCUUAUGUUAUCGCAGAAAGGUUUCAUUCAGUGGGUUACUGCGAGGCAAUAUUUGACAUCUUCUCUUGAAGAAAAAUUUAAUACUCUGUCAGUGAGUAUCAAUCAGCUCACCGAAGUCGAGCAAGACGACUACAUUAAGAAACGUCUUAACGGUUUUAUUUCGUCUGAAGCUAUGAAACUCAUCAUCGACAAAAUUAAAUCAACGUUUGCAUUAACAAAACAUAUAGAUAUAUUGGGAAUCCCUCUUCAAAUUUUUAUGCUUACAGACGUAUUACUUAAAAAUAAGGAAAAAUAUUUACAGUUAUUAGACAAUAAAUUUCUCCUGACUGACAUGUAUCAUUACUUUAUUGAAGGAAAAUUUAAGUUUUUCUACGGAGAUAAAGUGCCCGUAAACAAUGAUUAUUGGGAAGAAGAAGUAAAGAAGAAAAAGGAAGUAAAAUUAAUACAGUAUGAAAAGUUGGCACUUGUAGUAAUAUUUCCUGAAGAUGUUUUGAAACAAUUAGAGAUAAAUUGUUCACAAGAUAUAGAUUAUGUUUCUGAAGAUGUCGCAACUGUUGGUAUCAUGACUGGAUUACUAAACGGCAUUCCGCAAUUUGCACAUGCUUCAUUUGCCGAAUAUUUUGUAGCCUUAUAUUUUUCUAAAAAUUUUGGAAUGGCACGCAGAGACAUAUUUUUUGAUCAAAAGUAUAACAAUGUACGCUUUUUCUUCGACUUGAUAACUGGCAAAGAUUCACCGGUUCACAUCUCGAUUUUAUACAGAAAUUUUGAUGAAGUGGAGAACUUUGAAGACGAAAUAAUAAAACGUAAAGAUGAAUGUGGAAGAAGUGCCUUACAUCUCAUUUGUUCUUGGGGACGAAGACAUGAACGUUUAAAUGUACAAACCGAAUCUGGAGGUUAUGUUAUUGAGGCAACUAGGGAGAUUAUGAGUAGUUCAUUAGAAACGAAAGAAUAUUUUAAAGCGUUAUCGUUUUUGUUAGAUAAUUGUGAAAUAUUAGAACAAGAUUUUUUACAUCAACUCACACCCUUAGCGUGGGCACAAGAAAGUGAAAGUUUGGGAGCGGAACUGGAAUUAUUGCAAUCACGCAAAUUACAACUGAAAGAUUCGUAUAGUCGAACAGACAAAAUUAAUAUUUUAUUUUUUGCUGCUUUGCACGGAUACGCAGAAGCGGUUAAAAUAUUAUUUUCAUCUUCGAGUAUUUCUAAUGAAGAAGUAAAUUUUAGUGUUGAAUUCGAUCGUAGUACGCCUCUUAUAAUAGCUUCGCGAGGAGGGCACGUAACAAUUGCAAAACAUUUAGUCGAAUGGGGAGCCGAAAUGAAUGGCACUGAUAAUUAUGGUCGUACUUCGCUGUACGCAGCUUCCUCUCAAGGUCACGAGCAAAUUGUCGAAUGCCUGGUGAAUGGCGGAGCCGAAAUCAAUCGCGCUGAUAAAGAUGGUCAGACACCGCUCUACGCAGCUUCCUCUCAAGGUAACGAAAAAAUCGUCGAAUAUCUAGCGAAACACGAAGCCGAAAUCAAUCGCGCUGAUAACUAUGACUGGACACCACUUCACGAAGCUUCCUGGAAAGGUCACGAAAAAACUGUCGAAUGCCUCGUGUAUUGCGGAGCGGAAAUUAAUCGUCCUGAUAAAGACGGUCGGACACCGCUUCACGCAGCUUCUUCUCAAGGACACGAAAAAACCGUCAAUUGGCUGGUGAAAUGUGGAGCCAAAAUCAAUCACGCUGAUAAAGAUGGUCGGACACCGCUUCACGAAGCUUUCUCUCAAGGUCACGAAAAAACUGUCGAAAGCUUGGUGAAAUGCGAAGCCAAAAUCAAUCGCGCUGAUAAAUUGGGUCGGACGCCGCUUCACGAAGCUUCCUCGAAAGGUCACGAAAAAAUUGUCGAAUGCCUGGUGAAAUGCGGAGCCGAAAUCAAUCACGCUGAUAAAUAUCGUGGUAGGACACCGCUUUACGCAGCUUCCUCUCAAGGUCACGAAAAAAUUGUCGAAUUCCUGGUGAAAUGCGGAGCCGAAAUCAAUCGCGCUAAUAAUGAUGGUGAGACACCGCUUUACGCAGCUUCCUCUCAAGGUCACGAAAAAAUUGUCGAAUGCCUGGUGAAAUGCGGAGCCGAAGUCAAUCGCGCUAAUAUUUAUGGUUGGACACCGCUUUACGCAGCUUCCUCUCGAGGUCACGAAAAAAUUGUCGAAUUCCUGGUGAAAUGCGGAGCCGAAAUCAAUAGCCCUGAUAAACAUGGUCGGACACCGCUUUACGCAGCUUCCUCUCAAGGUCACGAAAAAAUUGUCGAAUUCCUGGUUGAAUGCGGAGCAAAAAUUAAUCCAGCUAAUACAUAUGAGAACACAUUGCUUUACGCAGCUUCCUUUCAAGGUCACGAAAAAAUUGUCAAAUGCCUGGUGAAAUGCGGAGCCGAAGUCAAUCGCGCUAAUAUUUAUGGUUGGACACCGCUUUACGCAGCUUCCUCUCGAGGUCACGAAAAAAUUGUCGAAUUCCUGGUGAAAUGCGGAGCCGCAAUCAAUCGCGCUGAUGAAGAUGGUCGGACACCGCUUUACGAAGCUUCCUCUCGAGGUCACGAAAAAAUUGUCGAAUGCCUGGUGAAAUGCGGAGCCGAAAUCAAUAGCCCUGAUAAACAUGGUCGGACACCGCUUUACGCAGCUUCCUCUCAAGGUCACGAAAAAAUUGUCGAAUUCCUGGUUGAAUGCGGAGCAAAAAUUAAUCCAGCUAAUACAUAUGAGAACACAUUGCUUUACGCAGCUUCCUCUCAAGGUCACGAAAAAAUUGUCCAAUGCCUGGUGAAAUGCGGAGCCGAAAUCAAUCGCGCUGAUAAAGAUGGUCGGACACCGCUUUACGCAGCUUCCUCUCAAGGUCACGAAAAAAUUGUCGAAUUCCUGGUUGAAUGCGGAGCAAAAAUUAAUCCAGCUAAUACAUAUGAGAACACAUUGCUUUACGCAGCUUCCUUUCAAGGUCACGAAAAAAUUGUCGAAUGCCUGGUGAAAUGCGGAGCCGAAAUCAAUCGCGCUGAUAAUUAUUAUGGUCAGACACCGCUUUACGCAGCUUCCUUUCGAGGUCACGAAAAAAUUGUCGAAUGCCUGGUGAAAUGCGGAGCCGAAAUAAAUCGCUCUAAUAAAUAUGAUCAGACACCGCUUCACGCAGCUUCCUCUCGAGGUCACGAAAAAAUUGUCGAAUGCCUGGUGAAAUGCGGAGCCGAAAUCAAUCGCUUUAAUAAAUAUGGUCAGACACCGCUUCACGCAGCUUCCUUUCGAGGUCACGAAAAAAUUGUCGAAUGCCUGGUGAAAUGCGGAGCCGAAAUCAAUCGCGCUGAUGAAGAUGGUCGGACACCGCUUUACGAAGCUUCCUCUCGAGGUCACGAAAAAAUUGUCGAAUGCCUGGUGAAAUGCGGAGCCGAAAUAAAUCGCUCUAAUAAAUAUGAUCAGACACCGCUUCACGCAGCUUCCUCUCGAGGUCACGAAAAAAUUGUCGAAUGCCUGGUGAAAUGCGGAGCCGAAAUAAAUCGCUCUAAUAAAUAUGAUCAGACACCGCUUCACGCAGCUUCCUCUCAAGGUCACGAAAAAAUUGUCGAAUGCCUGGUGAAAUGCGGAGCCGAAAUCAAUCGCGCUGAUAAAGAUGGUGAGACACCGCUUUACGAAGCUUCCUCUCGAGGUCACGAAAAAAUUGUCGAAUGCCUGGUGAAAUGCGGAGCCGAAAUCAAUCGCGCUGAUAAUUAUUAUGGUCAGACACCGCUUUACGCAGCUUCCUUUCGAGGUCACGAAAAAAUUGUCGAAUGCCUGGUGAAAUGCGGAGCCGAAAUAAAUCGCUCUAAUAAAUAUGAUCAGACACCGCUUCACGCAGCUUCCUCUCGAGGUCACGAAAAAAUUGUCGAAUGCCUGGUGAAAUGCGGAGCCGAAAUCAAUCGCUUUAAUAAAUAUGGUCAGACACCGCUUCACGCAGCUUCCUUUCGAGGUCACGAAAAAAUUGUCGAAUGCCUGGUGAAAUGCGGAGCCGAAAUCAAUCGCGCUGAUGAAGAUGGUCGGACACCGCUUUACGAAGCUUCCUCUCGAGGUCACGAAAAAAUUGUCGAAUGCCUGGUGAAAUGCGGAGCCGAAAUAAAUCGCUCUAAUAAAUAUGAUCAGACACCGCUUCACGCAGCUUCCUCUCGAGGUCACGAAAAAAUUGUCGAAUGCCUGGUGAAAUGCGGAGCCGAAAUAAAUCGCUCUAAUAAAUAUGAUCAGACACCGCUUCACGCAGCUUCCUCUCAAGGUCACGAAAAAAUUGUCGAAUGCCUGGUGAAAUGCGGAGCCGAAAUCAAUCGCGCUGAUAAAGAUGGUGAGACACCGCUUUACGAAGCUUCCUCUCGAGGUCACGAAAAAAUUGUCGAAUGCCUGGUGAAAUGCGGAGCCGAAAUCAAUCGCGCUAAUAAUGAUGGUGAGACACCGCUUUACGCAGCUUCCUCUCGAGGUCGCGAAAAAAUUGUCGAAUGCCUGGUGAAAUGCGGAGCAAAAAUUAAUCCAGCUGAUACAUAUGAGAACACAUUAUUGUACGCAGCUUGCUUGAAAGGUCAAAAAAAAAUUGUCGAAUUCCUGGUGAAAUGCGGAGCCGAAAUCAAUCGCGCUGAUAAAGAUGGUGAGACACCGCUUUACUCAGCUUCCUCUCAAGGUCACGAAAAAAUUGUCGAAUUCCUGGUUGAAUGCGGAGCAAAAAUUAAUCCAGCUAAUACAUAUGAGAACACAUUGCUUUACGCAGCUUCCUUUCAAGGUCACGAAAAAAUUGUCGAAUGCCUGGUGAAAUGCGGAGCCGAAAUCAAUCGCGCUGAUAAUUAUUAUGGUCAGACACCGCUUUACGCAGCUUCCUUUCGAGGUCACGAAAAAAUUGUCGAAUGCCUGGUGAAAUGCGGAGCCGAAAUCAAUCGCGCUGAUGAAGAUGGUCGGACACCGCUUUACGCAGCUUCCUCUCCAGGUCACGAAAAAAUUGUCGAAUGCCUGGUGAAAUGCGGAGCCGAAAUCAAUCGCUUUAAUAAAUAUGGUCAGACACCGCUUCACGCAGCUUCCUUUCGAGGUCACGAAAAAAUUGUCGAAUGCCUGGUGAAAUGCGGAGCCGAAAUCAAUCGCGCUGAUAAAUAUGGUCAGACACCGCUUUACGCAGCUUCCUCUCAUGGUCACGAAAACAUUGUCGAAUGCCUGGUGAAAUGCGGAGCCGAAAUAAAUCGCUCUAAUAAAUAUGAUCAGACACCGCUUCACGCAACUUCCUCUCGAGGUCACGAAAAAAUUGUCGAAUGCCUGGUGAAAUGCGGAGCCGAAAUCAAUCGCUUUAAUAAAUAUGGUCAGACACCGCUUCACGCAGCUUCCUUUCGAGGUCACGAAAAAAUUGUCGAAUGCCUGGUGAAAUGCGGAGCCGAAAUCAAUCGCGCUGAUGAAGAUGGUCGGACACCGCUUUACGCAGCUUCCUCUCAAGGUCACGAAAAAAUUGUCGAAUGCCUGGUGAAAUGCGGAGCCGAAAUCAAUCGCGCUAAUAAUGAUGGUGAGACACCGCUUUACGCAGCUUCCUCUCGAGGUCGCGAAAAAAUUGUCGAAUGCCUGGUGAAAUGCGGAGCAAAAAUUAAUCCAGCUGAUACAUAUGAGAACACAUUGUUGUACGCAGCUUGCUCGAAAGGUCACGAAAAAAUUGUCGAAUGCCUGGUGAAAUGCGGAGCCGAAAUCAAUCGCGCUAAUAAUGAUGGUGAGACACCGCUUUACGCAGCUUCCUCUCAAGGUCACGAAAAAAUUGUCCAGUGCCUGGUGAAAUGCGGAGCCGAAAUCAAUCGCGCUGAUGAAGAUGGUGAGACACCGCUUUACGAAGCUUCCUCUCGAGGUCGCGAAAAAAUUGUCGAAUGCCUGGUGAAAUGCGGAGCCGAAAUCAAUAGCCCUGAUAAACAUGGUCGGACACCGCUUUACGCAGCUUCCUCUCAAGGUCACGAAAAAAUUGUCGAAUUCCUGGUUGAAUGCGGAGCAAAAAUUAAUCCAGCUAAUACAUAUGAGAACACAUUGCUUUACGCAGCUUCCUUUCAAGGUCACGAAAAAAUUGUCGAAUGCCUGGUGAAAUGCGGAGCCGAAAUCAAUCGCGCUGAUAAUUAUUAUGGUCAGACACCGCUUUACGCAGCUUCCUUUCGAGGUCACGAAAAAAUUGUCGAAUGCCUGGUGAGAUGCGGGGCCGAAAUCAAUCGCUUUAAUAAAUAUGGUCAGACAUCGCUUCACGCAGCUUCCUCUCAUGGUCACGAAAACAUUGUCGAAUGCCUGGUGAAAUGCGGAGCCGAAAUAAAUCGCUCUAAUAAAUAUGAUCAGACACCGCUUCACGCAGCUUCCUCUCGAGGUCACGAAAAAAUUGUCGAAUGCCUGGUGAAAUGCGGAGCCGAAAUCAAUCGCGCUGAUGAAGAUGGUCGGACACCGCUUUACGAAGCUUCCUCUCGAGGUCACGAAAAAAUUGUCGAAUGCCUGGUGAAAUGCGGAGCCGAAAUAAAUCGCUCUAAUAAAUAUGAUCAGACACCGCUUCACGCAGCUUCCUCUCGAGGUCACGAAAAAAUUGUCGAAUGCCUGGUGAAAUGCGGAGCCGAAAUCAAUCGCUUUAAUAAAUAUGGUCAGACACCGCUUCACGCAGCUUCCUUUCGAGGUCACGAAAAAAUUGUCGAAUGCCUGGUGAAAUGCGGCGCCGAAAUCAAUAGCCCUGAUAAAUAUGGUGGGACACCGCUUUACGCAGCUUCCUCUCGAGGUCGCGAAAAAAUUGUCGAAUGCCUGGUGAAAUGCGGAGCAAAAAUUAAUCCAGCUGAUACAUAUGAGAACACAUUGUUGUACGCAGCUUGCUCGAAAGGUCACGAAAAAAUUGUCGAAUGCCUGGUGAAAUGCGGACCCGAAAUCAAUCGCGCUAAUAAUGAUGGUGAGACACCGCUUUACGCAGCUUGCUCUCAAGGUCACGAAAAAAUUGUCGAAUGCCUGGUGAAAUGCGGAGCCGAAAUCAAUCGCGCUAAUAAAUAUGAUCAGACACCGCUUCACGCAGCUUCCUCUCGAGGUCACGAAAAAAUUGUCCAAUGCCUGGUGAAAUGCGGAGCCGAAAUCAAUCGCGCUAAUAAAUAUGAUCAGACACCGCUUCACGCAGCUUCCUCUCGAGGUCGCGAAAAAAUUGUCCAAUGCCUGGUGAAAUGCGGAGCCGAAAUCAAUCGCGCUAAUAAAUAUGAUCAGACACCGCUUCACGCAGCUUCCUCUCGAGGUCACGAAAAAAUGGUCGAAUGCCUGGUGAAAUGCGGAGCCGAAAUCAAUCGCUCUAAUAAAUAUGGUCAGACACCGCUUUACGCAGCUUCCUCUCAAGGUCACAGAAAAAUUGUCGAAUACUUAGUAAAAUGUGGAGCAAAACCUUUCGUUUAAUAAAAUGAAUAAUGAUGGUUCAACUCGAAUAGUCACCAAAAAUCCGUCGAAUGAUUAGUUCAACGGCGAUCCAUAGCUCCUCUACGCCGGGCCAGACUUUUAAUAUUUUUCCGGAAAUCGUCAUUGAAACAGCAUUUCCUUGCGACAUUAGGCGCAGGAAAAUUGGAUUUCCCUGACUAGUACUGUAAAAACUACAAAAAUGACGCAAAAUAAUUAGUUAUUUAAACAAGAAAAAUGUAUUCAAAAUUUCGUAAAUUACACUAUUUACUGAUAUUAACAUUAAUUGUAGAAUUCGAUAUAUUUGCAAUGUUAAUUCCAGACAGAGAUUUAUGAUCAAGUUUAACCUUUUUAUCAAAAAUUUCAGUCGAGAUUUCGGUGCAACAGAUUUCAGAUGAAUCACUACUUGUAGAGGGACAGAAAUACGUCUUCCGUUAGCGAAGUAACAUUUUUAAGCCUGCGGCAAUCUUCAAAGAUUUGGAACUGCUUUUCAUACCGCUCCUUAGAUUUCGACGGUAACAAUUCUUCUGUAGUAGCAGCAGCGGCUGCUUUGCUUAGGUCAAAAGGAACAUCCUCACCAGUGUUUUCGCUUGUAUUCAUAAUUAAUUAAUGAAAUAAACACACAGCUCUGACGUACGCACAAAAUUUUAUAAUUGUUUUGUUUGUAACCAUCGUUUUCAAGAAAUUGACAAACUAGAUUUUUGCGCAAUUAAUUAAAAAACUUGUUGGAAAAUCUCGAUUUUUAGCGAUUUAUUGCGAUUUCCGGAAAAAUUUAAUACAAAACUCGUCAGUAAAAUGUCUUAUUUGACUCGGAGCUUUAAAAUACUCGGCACAAAGUGCCUCGUAUUUCAACAUAGCUCCUCUUCAGUAAUGAGACAUUUUCCUGACUUUUAUGUAAAUAUCUAUUAUUACCAUGCGCCGCCUCAUUUUUUUAUUGUUAUUUUGUUGAUCAUAUCAGGGACGGUAAUUUUGCUCUAUCUAUUAAAAACAAUGUUACCUUUACCUUUGAGAGAUAUUAUUACAUAGUUUAAUUAUAGGAUUUAUAUUAAAAAAAAUUGAAUUGAAAAAAACUGAAUUUGUUCGACCGUAUUUCAGCAGCGAGAUAUGUCCUGUCUGAUACCUUGGACCAAUUUUACCUACUUUGUUAAAAUUAAAAUUUGAGUCUACAUUAUUUUUGGUAAUACAGUGUUUUUCUUUAUUUGUCGAAUAUGUUUCACUAUUUGACACAUUUUUCCCGUAUUUGCCUUUUUGAUAUCAAAUGCCCAAAGUAAUUCUCUUUGUCAAAAUUCUUUCAAUUUGUCGCAAGGCCCAAGGAUAAGUAAUUUAUUUUAAAAAAUAUGUCAAUCUGUAAUCAUGAAAUACCUAUAACAAAUUAUUUAAGUUCAAAAUUUCAUUUCUGUUGAGGUAAUCCCCACAAAUUAUUGCGUCAAAAGUAUUGUGAACUUGGAUAUUGCAUAUUUAAUUCGUCUUCUCGUCUAGGAUGACUUCUUUUGAUAAUCACUUUCCACUGAUUAAACAGUUUCCCAAUUAGGUUUGAUCUGUAGAUUUCAAAGGGGGCUGCACAAGUCAUUACCACUCUUCAACUAAGUUUUGACCUACUGGGUUAAGAAAAGUCCUGUAUCGAGGUAGAAUUACAGAAAAAACUCCAUGGGUUUGUAUCAAUUGUUGAAUUUCUUCAGUUCUGUGAAAUCUUACAUUGUUCAUUGAAAUAUGUCCUUGCGCCCCUAAUCUUAUCUUCUUGUAAGUGAUUCAAUAAGGUUUUAAAAAAUAAUAAUCGACUAAUUACGACCUGUCAGCUGACCUUUAACUUUGUUUGCGCUUCGGUUACUUGGUGAUCUUCCGUAAGAGUUAAAACACAGUGUUGAUCAACCCAAUUGUAUAUUUGUUCUUUCUGUUGAUUGGUUUACUUUUACGUGCGCUGCAUAGCAUUUUCUUUCUCCAUUUGAUUGGUCGAGUAAAUUUCUAACAGUGUUUGGUUGGAUAUUAUUGUACACAUUGGCUGAUGUGCGACUAAAUUGUUUUGUUAAAGAUAAGAAACUGUUUUGACAGAAGGUAAAGCAAUUUGAGAAACAUAUCGCACCAUUUAAUAAGAGUAGGAAAUAAAUUUGACAAUUAGUGGAACACAAUUGAUGAAAGACCAAAAUCAAAAGAAAAACACUAUUUUAUGAUGUACAUCUUUGUAUAUCUACAUACCUAUAUCCUUCAUCUGUUUUCAGAUAUUGUAAUGAUUUGUAUUGCUUAUUAAUUAAUUAAUUAAUUAAUUAAUUAAUUUAUCUAUUCUUAUAUUUAAACCUAUUUUUGAGAUUCACAAAAUUUUCACAUCUAUGGAAAACAUAGCCACAAACUAAAUAAGUCACUUUCUUUUAUGGCUACAUAUUUCAAUUCAAUAAACUAAUUUGACAUGACGACUUCUUUUAUAGUUAUUUUGUUUAUAGUUUUUUCUGAAGUACCAUUUCCGGAUUUUUUAACUAGCAUGAAAUUUAUUUUAUUCUAUUCAAACAAAAUUUGAACUUUCGAUAAAUUAUUUUGAUACUAUUCCAAAUUUUAAUUAAUUGACGACCACAUAAAUGCAAACUCGAUCAGUCAAUAUUUUACGAAAAUUUUUCAAGUAUAUUUUCGGGCAAACUCAGCUAAGCUUCAACUUUUACUUUAGUACACAUUUUUUUCGUGAAGCCUUCACAACAAUACGAAGAGAACUGCAGCAAAAACUGGCGUACGUCCUACUAUCAAACUUUAAAAAAAUACAAACAAAACACAUAAACUAAGUACAGGUGUUUCCAUAGUUUUAAAAAAAAUUGGAACCAAAACUUCUGUUAUUCAUCAAGAACUAAUAUUGGAACAAUGUUUUGAAACAUACUUCCGCUUCAAAAAGAGACAUUUCCUGCCUGCCAAAACAACGAAUUGAAAAACAGCAACUGGUGUUUUAAUUUCGUGUCACAACAAAAUAUAUCUUAGGUGGAAUCAGGUUUCUAACCUCAAGUUUUAACAAAUGGGUUUAAUGCCGCUAACUGACCUGGACAAUAUCAACAGAAGAGCGUUUUAAGCAAAACACAGGCUAAACGAAUUCCAAACCAGAGAUAUUAAGCGAAAUUCCUGCACCAUCAGCCGGAACUUCAUCUUGUCAUCGUAGGAGCUACAAUUUGUCCAUACAUUCCGAAAUCACUGCAUAGAAAACAGUAUGGUGCGAUAAAAAAUCAUCUUAAUCAAUGUCAUAUUAUUUACAUGGCCAAAUCGUUCACAGGUAACAUCAUUUAACAUAUUAAUAACCCAUUCACUUUGAUUGAGACAGUUUUCCAUCGCACAACUAAUUCUAGUUCUAAUAUGUAAUGUGAUAAUAAUUUUAUUAUUUGCAAGGAGUGUUGUAAAUGGUUGCUCCAAUGUAUAAUUUAUUUCGUCUGUGUGUGUCUUUUUUGUCAAGAUCGCUCAACGGACGCAGCAUUCAUUUCUAACAAAUGGCAACGCUGAUUCACUGUUCACGCAUUCAGGACGCGUUUUUGUAUUUGCAUCUGCUCGGCGCUUAGAGUACAAAAUAUUCAAAAAUUUUGAAAUGUAAAGUGCCAUGAUACCUUUUAACUACUUAUGCUCAGAAUUAGCAAGAAACGACGUCAAGGCUGUUUUCCAUCGUCGAAUAUUUUUCUCACUAUAUAGAUCCACUCAGGUUGCAUAACUAAAAUGAACAUUUUGUACCAAACCGUGGUUCUCUUGGAGCGUCGAUGCGGCUUGUGGUUUAAGUUUGUUCAUAGUGUUUUAAACAUUUCACAACGAUUUUCCAAAAACAUCCUCUUUUGACAAACUGACAAAGUUUGUUUCAGAGAAGAAGCGGGAAAUUUACUGUGACCAAAUACUGAAAAUGUUACAAGCAUAGCAACUACGAAACUUUUUUUUUUCUUGAAAAUUGGUACACAGAUGAAAAAACACUUAACAAAACCAAAGCACAUAAUUGAAGCAGGUUUCCUCUUGGGAAUAGUUGUUAAUAGAAAGUGUAAAAAUCUGAAUUGGAACAAAAAUACCGAAGACGGACUGCAACCUUGUCGUAUAUUCUGACUUAAUUAUAGCUUUUUCAGUUUAUUAAAAAAAGUAUCAUGACAUGUGAGGGAUAUUUUUACUUUGUAGUUGAGAUAUGUACAUAUAUUGUAGUUUAUAAGUUUAUUACUAGUAACAUAACUGUGAUUACUCCAACUAAUAAGGACUUCAACAAACCUAUGUAUCUAAAGAGUGUAAUCAAUCAGUUCCUAUGUUGUAAAUAAGUAUGAAAAUAAUGAAUUAAUGUGUACAUAUGUUGAAAUAGAUUGUUGUUUGUUAUCAAACAUUAGAAUAAAAUACAUUUUUUGGAAUUUUUAAUUAAA